AUGAGUUCUGGGACUCAAGAGCGUAACCCCGACCAACGAAAUCUCAGCAAGCAUGAGGUUGGUUGGAGGAGAGUUGUUCGCAACUUCACCCCUUCAUGGUUUUCCGUCACCAUGGGCACAGGCAUUGUCUCUGUGCUUCUGAAUACACUGCCGUACAAUGGGAUAUGGCUGUACUGGAUUUCCGUGGUCAUUUUUGCCUUGAACGUUCUCUUGUUCUUCCUCGCCUUGCUUGUCUCGAUCCUCCGCUAUACUCUAUAUCCGGAGAUCUUCAAGGCGAUGAUUUCACAUCCUGUACAGUCCAUGUUCCUUGGAACAUUUCCCAUGGGGUUCGCCACGAUUGUCAACAUGUUUUGCAAUGUCUGUGUCCCUGCAUGGGGCGAAUGGGCACGAACCCUCGCCUGGGCGAUGUGGAUCGCGGAUGCUGUCGUAUCCGUGGUGAUCGCGCUGUCUCUCCCUUUUUUACUAAUGGCAAGAAAAACCGAGACGCAGCUUUCCUCCAUGACAGCCGUCUGGUUGCUUCCGAUUGUCAGCUGUGUGGUCGCGGCCUCCUCUGGCGCUGUCGUGGCCGAAGUCCUCCCGAAUCCACAGCACGCCUUGUGGACUAUUAUCGUCAGCUAUGUACUCUGGGGGAUUGGAGUCCCUCUGGCAUUCAUGGUCAUGGUGAUUUAUCUCCAACGGUUGACACUCCACAAACUCCCGCCCAAGGCGGUUAUUGUCAGCGUUUUCCUACCACUAGGGCCUCUAGGCCAAGGAGGAUAUGGUGCCAUGAAACUAGGCAAAGCAGCUCAGACUAUCUUCCCCCAAACAAACACACUCGAGGCAUCAUCCGGUCCAACAUUCUACACACUGGGCUUCCUAGUUUCUCUGAUACUCUGGUCGUUUGGUCUAGUCUGGUUGUUUUUUGCGUCUGCAUCUAUCGCGCGGUGCAAGACAUUCCCGUUUAAUAUUGGGUGGUGGGGAUUUACUUUCCCAUUGGGAGUAUACGCCCUGAGUACCUGUCAAAUGGGAGCCGAGUUGCCAUCUGCAUUUUUCCGAGUUUUAGGGACGAUUCUCUCUGUUUGUGUGGUGAUAUUGUGGAUUGUGGUGAGUUUGGGUACUCUGAAGGGAAUGAUUGCAGGUCAUAUCUUCCAUGCACCAUGUUUAGGGGAUUUGAAGAUGAGGGAGGAUGAUAGUGAUGAGACAAAAGCAGUGUAA